GGACUUCUUCCCGAUGAAUGUGAUGGCAGAGUGUGAGGCUGAAGUUGAACUACCUCAGAGGCGUCUUGGCGUCAAGGAACAGCCAAAUGGAGAGCUGGCAGACUCAGAGCUGUCUGUGGAUGAGAGGGAACAGAGGGACAGUGAGGAGCAUGACAAUCUGGUAUUAUGGAAGAAACCUCUGCUCACACUCCACUUCUUCACUCUGGAACUGCUCAUCACUCUUAAGGAGUGGCUUUGGAGGCUCUGGCAGCAAAGACAGACAGUGUUUGGCCUGCUGAUCCUGCUUAUCCUCCUCUCCAUUGCCUACUGUAUUGAAGGAACACACCAGAAGUAUGUGCGCUACAUGGAGAAGAAGACGCUGUGGUGCGCCUACUGGGUCGGCCUGGGCAUCCUCUCCUCGGUGGGUCUUGGCACUGGCCUGCACACCUUCCUCCUUUACCUGGGACCACACAUAGCAUCAGUGACCUUGGCAGCCUAUGAAUGUGGCUCAGUGGAUUUCCCCGAACCUCCCUAUCCAGACCAAAUAGUCUGUCCCCAGCAGAGCGCACCAGCAACAAGCUCUGAUGCGGAGCAGGUGGGCGUGGAGGCCACAGGGGCGGACGGGUUGGUGGAGUCAGCUGUCAUCCAGGGAAGCAUCUCUCUGUGGACCAUCAUGUCCAAAGUCCGCCUGGAAGCUUGCAUGUGGGGUGCAGGCACAGCCAUAGGAGAACUUCCUCCUUACUUCAUGGCCCGAGCGGCACGUCUGUCCGGCACCGACCCCGACGACGAGGACUACCAGAGGUUCGAGGAGAUUCUGGACCAGGGCGAGUCCGCACAGGACUUUGCCACCCGGGCAAAAGUAGCCGUGCAGAAACUCAUCCAUAGGGUUGGAUUCUUUGGGAUUUUAGCCUGCGCUUCUAUUCCAAAUCCCUUGUUUGACCUGGCAGGAAUAACAUGCGGACAUUUUUUGGUUCCCUUCUGGACUUUUUUUGGUGCAACACUCAUUGGGAAAGCAGUCAUCAAAAUGCACAUUCAGAAACUGUUUGUGAUCGUCACCUUCAGCAGGCACAUAGUGGAGCAGAUGGUCUCCCUCAUCGGAGCUGUUCCACUGCUGGGUGCGGCACUGCAGAAGCCCUUCAGGGAGUACUUGGAGGCCCAGAGGGCCAAGCUGCACCAUCACGCCGGAGAGGGGAUCCCGACUGAGGAGAGCUGGCUGUCGUGGCUCUUUGAGAAGGUUGUGGUCAUCAUGGUAUGCUUCUUUGUCUGCUCCAUUGUCAACUCCAUGGCCCAGAGCUACGGCAAGCGCAAGCAGCAAGAGAAGAGCAAAACGGAGUGAAGGCCAACUUCAGAAGCUCCUUCGCUCAUCUCAGCUGUCCCUCCCGGCUCAUUAUCCGAAGCAAAAUAUCAGCUUUCUCUCCUGUUUAUUGUGUGUUUACGCUGAACUGGGACUUCCAUUUACUUGCUUUUUCUGAAGGCUUUUGCAUUUGGUAGUGAUUUCCGCGAUUUUGCUUUGUGAGGUAGGUGCUUGUUGGAGUGCGUGUGAGCUUGUAGUGUUGUUUCGUGUUGGUGCUUUUAGCAGCUCCACGUGAGAAGAAGCUGCUGGCAAUAGUUCUCCUUAGUGAGGCCUUAAGCUGCACUGUCAAAGGACCUUAAAGUAUUACAUGUCCGUAGAGUCACUUCAAUUGAAUAAGCUAGUUAAUUUUGAAGUUACUUGCUCAAUAACCUGAUUAUUUAUUAUCUCUAUUAGCUGGUUUAUUAAUAAGAUUGUAUUUAUUACUGUACUGGUACUGUCGGCUGUGGUUAGGUAAGACUGUAAAUGACUGUUUGCUCCUUAUUUCUACAUUAUAGAGCUCUAAGUCAGUUGUUGUAGAGAUGUUAAUGAGUGUGCUGUGAGAUGACCACUUCUUUUGUGCGCACAGUAAAGCUCGUCAAGGUACUUUUGGAUGAGAAAUGAUAAAUCGGCCAUGAAUCACCCCUGCUGGUCCCUUUGUCUGCCCGUAUUGUUCUGCUUCCAGGAAGAGAGCACAUGAGUCAGCCCGGGGCUACUUUACCAGAUGCAGCCAUAUAUUGAAUCAGAUCUGUGUGUGUGUGUGUGUGUGUGUGAGUGUGAGUGUGAGACGGAGAGGGAUAGUAGGUUGCGUGGCUGCCACAUUUGUUGCUCUCCCUUUUUAUCUUUUAUGGAUUAAAGCCACUAAUAGACUCGCCUGGGAGUCUCAGUGAAGCAGGUAGUAGCCUUAACUUCUCUGUGUCGUGUCUUUCUUUGUCUUCACUUGAGCUUUUUUUUUUUUUUUUAUCCUUGUGUUUUUUACCUCAGCAAGCUCACGUUUGACAUCUCCUGAAACAAAACAUUUUAUAUGAUCGUUUCGGAUAACGUCAGCUGGCUCUCGGUAUACGCAGCACCUUCUUUCUUUUCUUUUUUUUCAGAGAAAUGUGCUAUUUUCUUCUCCCUCGUCUGUACUGCCGCUGUGCUACGCUGGACUGAGCACAGUGGGCGCUAGAGCAGGCACAAGCAGGAGCGAGAGAGAGAGAGAGAGAGAGAGAGAGAGAGAGGAGGGAAAAAAAAAAACCUCAAGCGCACAGUGAAAAGCGUCUGUGCCGUUACCUCAGCUGAACCUUCGGAUGAACUCGUUGCACUGGCCCAGUCACGGAGCCAGGAGACGAAUCACUCGAGUAGAUUCAAAACAGAGGGGUACUGUUGAGCGGGCUGAACCCUGCGCUCUGCACCAGCUCUAGUCAGAACACUCACAUCUCCUCUUUUCUCCUGUCAUGGUAAGUCGGACUAGGAUUUUUUUUUUUUUUUUUUUUUUUUUUUUUUUUUUUUUUUUCUCCUCAUCGUUGUGUACAUACGUCUCAGGCAUGUCCGUCACUCUCUCGGCCUGUCAGAUAGCUUAUCAGACUGGUGUUGGCUGUUAAGAUUGCAAGGCGACAACAGUCUGUAGGCUGUCUGACAUUUCGGGCUCUUUCAUCUGACCAGCAUCCUGUUUUGUCCUCCUUUUCUGUUACUGUCAUUGUCUCGGUUAGCAUCAGUUCCCAUUUAGAGGUGUGUGUGUGUGUGUGUGUGUGUGUGUGUGUGUGCAGCAAUGUCACUUCCCUUUAUCCCAACCGCUUGUGAAACGUCAGAAACCUAUUGUUUAUUUCCUCCACGCUGACGUGGGUGAGGGUUUUAAUGUGGUUUUUAUGUGGAGGGAACUGUGUUUUCGCAUGUUUGCAAAUGCAGAUGUAGUGAUGUCAAUGGUGUACUUCUGCGUCUGUGUACGUGUGAGUUGGCUCUUGAAUUUCCAGAGAAUCCAGACAGUACACACCUUAUUGCAACACAUCACAUUGUGACACCCAGUCCUAGGUAUGGUACACGCAGUGCUCACCCAGCUCUCCCCUUCCCUUUUACACUUCCCUCUUCUCUGUUACUGAGAACUUUCUUCUAUUGCUCAAUAUGCACUUUUUUUUUUUUUUUUUUUUGCAGGAGGCUGUGCUUUAUUGGAACAACUCUCUAGAGGGGGUGUUUUUUCUAAGGGCCACAAAUUGGUAAUUAUACAAAGCUGAAAAUCAUUGCUUGACCAGCGGAUACUUUUGCCGCAAAGCCUCAGUUUUAUUUUAGAUUUUUUUUUUUUUUUUGUCUAGAACUUUUUCCUGGUCAUAAAAGCAAAAUCAUUGGAUAACACUGGAAUGGCUCGCUGGCUUACAGAGUGUUUUUCUUGGCAGUCUCAGGAUGUCCUGUUCCAUAAGGGAGCCCCCUUUUGGCAUGCCUGUCUGAAUGUGUGUGUGCAUGUUUGUCUAGAAACUCUGUUUGUAUUUCGAUGUGUAAGUGCCUCUAUUUCUUGUCUAAUAGAUGUCUGUACCUGCGGGGUUAUUUUAAAGGUAUGUAUGUUUUUCAUCUGCUUUCACUAUAAAUAAAGUCUGUGGGAAAAAAAAAAGA